AUGUCUGCCUCAACGUGGUCACCACCUAAGUUCCCGUUUGCUCGCCCUGAAGGAGCGGUUCCAGCUCUCGAGUAUGCACGUCUACGAGCCAGUGAUCCUGUCUCGCAGGUUGAGCUGUGGGAUGGUAGUCUUGCUUGGCUGGUUAUUAAGCAUAAGGAUAUGUGCAGCGUGUUGACUGAUAAUCGACUUUCGAAGGAACGAACUCGACCAGGCUUCCCAGAACUUUCUGCCGGUGGGAAGCUCGCUGCGAAGAACAAGCCAACAUUCGUAGACAUGGACCCGCCUGCUCAUAUGCAGCAACGAAGCAUGGUGGAGUCACUCUUCACCAAAGCGCACAUCGAUAGCAUGCGUCCACAAAUCCAGAAGACUGUGGAUUCCCUCUUGGAUGAGAUGAUCAAGAGAGGAGGGUCCGAACCAGUUGACCUCGUCGAGAAAUUCGCUCUGCCUGUCCCUUCAUAUACCAUCUACAGCGUUCUCGGCGUGCCUCUCUCCGACCUGCCAACCCUUACCAACUUCGCAGCUAUCCGUAGCAACGGCUCAGCAACGGCGACCGAAGCAUCAAACGCCAACGAUGAACUGCUCAAAUACAUGGCGGGUCUUGUCGACAAGCGGCUUUCUGCUCCAAAGGAGGAUCUCAUCAGUCUCCUCGUGAGUGAACAGCUCAAGCCUGGUCAUUUGACCAAAGACGACGUUGUGCAAAUUGCUUUCUUGCUCCUGGUGGCUGGUAAUGCCACGAUGGUGAAUAUGAUUAACCUUGGUGUUGUCACAAUCCUCCAAAAUCCGGACCAACUUGAAGAUAUGAAGAAAGAGCCCCUGGAGUGGGCUCCAAAGUUUGUGGAAGAGUUGUGUCGGUACCAUACUGCGUCAGCACUGGCGACGAAGAGAGUUGCGAAAGAGGAUGUGGUGAUUGGUGGGAAGGCUAUCAAGAAAGGAGAGGGCAUUAUUGCUGCCACGCAGAGUGGAAAUAGAGAUGAGGAUGUGUUCCUGGAUCCUGACGUCUUUGAUAUGAAGAGAGCAAGAGGAAAGGAAGAAGCGUUGGGGUAUGGGUGGGGUGAGCAUAGGUGUGUGGCUGAGUGGCUGGCUAGGGCUGAGCUGGAGAUAGUGUUUGCCACGCUGUGGCAGAAGCUUCCAAAGUUGAAGUUGGCGAUCCCUUUCGAGAAAGUCAAAUAUUCGCCACCGACUAAGGAUGUUGGUAUCAUUGACCUCCCUGUUGUAUUCUGA